AUGCUAGGACGACUAAGUCCAUCCCAUACAGUGAUUUUACACAAACUUACGAAUGGUGUAAAAAUGCUCGGGGUGGUGAUGAGUGGCUACAACAGAGUGAGUAGUGUUGUUCAUAUCCCAACGGGGAGUUUUGACGACCCGCCACAGCGUGACGGGCUCUCUCAUUUCACUGAGCACGUGCUGCUCAGAGGAAAUGCUGAGUAUCCCGUCAGCGCACUUUAUAGAAUGAAUCAAUCUGAAAAGCUACUUGUCUCUGGUUCGACGAGUCGGGAAUACACCCAAUUUCUCAGUGAAAGUAAUAAAGGGACUCGAGAUCUUUCAGUGAUGCUUAAUAUGGUGACUGCUCCAAGAUUUAAGAACGAAGUUGUAGAGUAUGAGAAACAGAUUGUCUCAGCUGAGCGGAGACAAGUAAGUAAAGAGAAGAGUUCGGUUUAUGUGCAACGGGUACAUGAAGAGUUGUUUGGGAAGUCAACUGCGUUUGGGCAUGAUAUUCUCGGGAGUGAAGAGUCCGUUCGGUCUUUCAGUGCAGAAGAUGUGUCGAAGUUUUAUAAUCAAAAAUAUCGGAUCGGUCAGUGUCUUUUCGGGGUUUUGGCGGGCGACCAGCAUACUGUUAAUAAUGUUUUUCAAGUAGUGGAGAGAGCACUCUCUGAGUAUUGUUGUAGUAAUGCCCAUAGUUACAAAAUAGUUUCUCAUAGUUCUCAUAACCAUUCUCUGAUAAGACACCCGAAAUGUUGUGACCAUAACAAAUGUAUUAUUCGGAAAACCACCGAAGAGAGUAUGACUGUUGCGGAUGUGACUGCUUAUGUUCUUAACCGAGAGAAUGAAGCGUUUCAUAUACCGUAUAAGAGUGUUGAUAUUGUUAUAUCGACGAAGGAUAUAGCGAAGAAUACCAUUUGUGUGAAUGACGAAGUUAUACAAAGUUACUUGAACGAUGUGAGAACACAUUUUCAUCGCACACCACUGUCUGUCCUCAAUUAUUAUUUACAGUUUGUUUUUUCUUUCAUUGCAAGUACAGAAAUAACAAGUAGAAAAGCAACACGGGCACAAUUUAUCGAAAGAAACUUUGCUGUGGAAGACGAGGCUGAACGAGUCCGGGCGAUUUCAAAGGGUUCCUUAGAACGGUAUCUGCUGGGUAAAUUUGAGUAA